CUUCCAGGUUCCCGAUCAUUCAUCCAUCUUCUAUCUAUCUAUCCUCUCUCUGCAUUCUAUUCUUCCUCAGACCGCCGGCCGGCCAACUUUUCUUUUCACAUCGCCUUACACCUCCCACCCAAACCGCUCAAUAAAUUAACGAACCUUCAUCCCACCCACCUCCAACAACAAUGCAGCUCUCUCUCACCGCCAUCGUCCUCGGCCUCGCAGCCCUUGCUUCGGCCAUGCCCCAGGAUGAGCGCGCCGUCAUGGCCCGCCAAAACGCCAACCGGCCCGUGCCGAGCGGGACCUGCUGCGUGGCCAACACCAGCCUGAAGCAAGACGCGUGCACCGCCGCCAACGGCCAGGCCGGCCGCUGUGUUCCCGGCGGCAACAACUGCGGCGGCGCCCUCAGCUGCGUGCAGCAGAGCAACCUGGUGUGCAACAAUGUGGUGGAGCGUGGGAAGUCGCUGUGCCGGGCCAAGGCACCGGGCGGUGGUCUUUUUGAUGGGGCGAGGAUCAUCCAGUCGUUGGGGCAGGCGAAGGUUAACUAAGGGGAUUCAUGGGGCUUGGGAGGUGUGAGACUACUAGUACGACGUUUAGACCUGUGAGACGGAUAGGAUAGAAAUAGAAGUGGAUGAUGCGGCGGC